CAAGAUCUCAAAGUCACUACAGAGGCCAAGACUGUUUGCGUGUUUAUGGAAGCCAAUGUGGGGCGAAGCAUCCAGAGUUCCUCAGGUCCACACAACUCAGGAAGCAUGUUGCCACAUUGUCACAAGUCCUUAACCUCAAAAAUAAUGAAAUUGACCAGGUGGCUGACUUCCUGGGACAUGAUAUUCGUGUCCACAGGGAAUUUUAUCGCUUACCUGUGCCAACAACACAACUGGCAAAGAUUUCUAAGCUCCUUUUGUCCAUGGAGAAAGGACACGUAUCUACCCUGCAAGGAAAAUCCCUUGAUGACAUCGAAAUUGAAGAUGAAAUAGAACUAAGUGAGGAUGAAGAAAAAGAAGAUUUAAGUGAUUUGGAUGACUGUGAUUCUGAGGAACCUGAGGAACCUGUUGAACCUGAGGAACCUGUUGAACCUGUGGAACCUGUGGAACCUGAGGAACCUGUGGAACCUGAGGAAUCUGUGGAACCUGACCAAAGCAAGAAUAUGGAUGAUUUGUUGGGAGCAGUGUCAUCGGCAGCAGAGGAAAUUGUUCCUUCUGUUGAAGAGACCUCCUCUGUUGCACCCAGAAGACAACCAAAAAAACCAUGGUCAAGUGCUGAGAUUUCUGCUGUUAUGAGGCAUUUUAAAGCUCACAUAGGUAAAGGAAAACUUGCCACUAAAAGUGAGUGCAAUCAUUGCAAGUUGGUGGAAGGUCCUGUGCUGGCUCAAAGAACAGCACAAAACAUCAGGGACUUUGUGAGAAACCGUGGAAUAACUGCUAAGAGGCAGGCACAAAAGAAAAGGCUCUAGAUUUUAUGUGAAGCAAUUACUUGUUCAAAAGUG